AAAUUUUGGUAUAAUAAAGUAAGUUUAAACCUCUAGAAAUAUGGUCCAUUGCUUUCGUCUGAUCACACGGCAUAUGUGCAUGAUAAUGCGUCAAAAUUUUGGCAAAAGUUGUGAGCAAAAACUGAACGAUCAAAUCAAUAUGGAGCUAAAGGCGUGUCAUCAAUAUCUGGCUAUGGCCUUUCAUUUCGAUCGUGCCGACGUUAGUUCUCCAGGUGUUUCUGGCUUUUUUCUGAAGGCCAGCGCCGAGGAGCGUGAACAUGCCGAGAAAAUUAUGAAAUAUAUGAACAAACGUGGAGGCCUUAUUAAACUUAGUGCCGUUCCGGAACCCGUGCCCUGCUUUCCGGAUAGUUUGUCGGCCCUUAAACAUGCACUGCAAAUGGAAUUGGAGGUUAAUCAACAUUUAUUGGAUGUCCAUGCAUUGGCUAGCAAAGAAAAUGAUCCAAAUCUUUGUGAUUUUAUUGAGGCCAACUUUCUGCAGGAGCAAGUCGAUGGCCAGAAGGUCUUGGCCGACUAUAUCAGGCAAUUGGAGAGGGCUCAGGAUGAUCUUGGCGAUUAUCUAUUUGAUAAGUAUAUGCUCAAUGGGGGUAUGCAUGGCAAUGGUCAUGCCAAAUAGAUAGAAAUAGAGCUGUAUUACCCGUUCAAUUUUGUUGCUUCAAUAAAUGCUCGGCAAUUGUGUUUGCUCCGUGACAGUUUCAAUUCAUAACUUGUACCACUUAUCAGGCCUGUCCAUGGAGCACACACGCUGUCUAAAAAUAAAA